GGUCAGAAGCUCCUCCAGCCGAACAGAGCUGCAGAAACUCUGAUCCUGAUGGAGAAACAGUCCGUUUCUGAAGACUCAACGCUUCAGUGCAGGAGUGAUGCAGGCCGACCCAUGUGCUCCGUUCCUCCUCAUCAGCAGAUGAACGAAUGUGUGUCGAUACGUCACUAUGCUGAAAACGGAGACGAGGAGGAAGGAAACAAAAUGACGAGGCCUGACGCUUUCAUCUCGCUGGACGCUGAAGCUGACGUCUCUGCAAGAAGAAGAAAACCAACCCUCGUUAGAUCCAAAACAUUUGAUCCUUCACUUCUUCUGCAAGUCCAGAGUGACUCUGAAUCAAAGUGUGAACGCAGGAAACCGCAGUCCUGUCAGUCUCUGCGCACUAAUUCCCAGUACCACAAAGUUUUUAAAGACAUAAGUGAAGAUGAGCAUCUGAGACAGAGUUACACCUGCGCCCUGCAGAAGGACAUACUGUACCAGGGGAGGCUGUUUGUGUCCGACAACUGGAUUUGUUUCCAUUCAAAAGUGUUUGGAAAAGACACAAAGAUUGCGAUUCCAGUGUCUUCAGUGACCGUCAUCAAGAAAACGAAGACGGCCAUCUUGGUGCCAAACGCACUGGUGAUUUCUACAGCACACGAGCGGGUAAAACAUGUGUUUGUGUCGUUUCUGUCUCGAGACACGACUUUCAAAGUUUUGAUGUCCGUGUGCCCUCAUCUGGUUGAGAAGAGUCUUGGAAACAGUCAGAAGAUUCUGGGAGCUCAUCCGGCGUCUCUGCCCACGGACUUCCCUGUGGAUCUGUCCGAUCUGGAUGCUCCGGUCAGACCGACAGUUCAGCAUGUGGACGACAGCAGCAGCUCCGACUGUCCAGAGUCGCCGACCUUCGUGAAACCACCGAAAUUUCCGAAACGAUCCCAAGCUUUUAUUGAAGUGACUAAACGAGACGGUGAACUGGAUUCUCAUCCGCAACAAGAAAUCCAGGCUACAACAAACUUACCGUACACUGGACCUCCAGGAUCGGCGGAGGUGGAGUUCAUGAAAACCCUGAGGCCGGUGUCUCUCUCUCUGAACGCUCUGGUGUUGAUCUAUCUGUCUCUGGUUUGUGUCCUGCUGUUGUCCUCCUGUUACAUGGCCUUCAAGAUUGUGUCUCUGGAGGAACGUCUGACGUCUCUUGUGUCACUGGAGUUUCCUCAUAAAAGAGAUGAAUAUCUGUACGCUGGAGACACAGCUGAGAUCUACUCGGUUCUUUCUGCAAGUCUUCUGAAGCUGGAAAAGAUUCACAGAAACCUGCAGAGACUGAUGGAGAGCGUGACUGACGCCUGACGGACGUUCUUCUCUCAGAGAAGUGGAAAACCACAGUCAUCGUCAUGAUUUCAAUGUGUUUCUUGUUUAAGAACUGUGAAAAAAAAUCAUCAUCAUAAGUAGAACUAGUUGCCGUUUUAUGCAAACAUUAGAACUGAUCUCAGUAAUGGUCAAACAUAAAAUAAACAUCAGCUGAGCCAGUGUUUUCUCACUCAUUUGACUGAUGAUAUGUUUAAUAAAGAGUAUAAGAUAAACUA